CUUCCGGCCUGUGCGUUCCACAUGCAGGAAGUGAGUUCUCAUCGAUUUCUGCAGCCUCCCAGUGUCCGUGGAGAUCAGGGUUACACAAUAGUGAAGAAGACAUCUGGUGAGUGUGAGACACCCAGCAGCCAUCCCCAUGUGUCAGGAGGACUAAGCAGAACCCAGAGCCCCAUCACUGUGCCUGCACCUCACUCACUGAUACAUGACAGGCACAGUGACCAGAAGAUCCUGGAACUCACCAACAAGAUCAUUCAGCUACUGACUGGAGAGGAGAGGGAGUAUAUAGAGGAACACAGGGGUCUGUACAAGGACGUGAUGAUGGAGAAUCACCGGCCCCUCACAUCACUGGAUGGGCCCAGUAACAGAGAUACCCCAGAGAGAUGUCCCCGUCCUCUGUAUUCCCAGGACUGUACAGAGGAGAAUCACAGGAUCCCACAGGAGGAUCAGGUAGAACGUCUGUCUGAUUAUAAAAUAAAAGAUAUAGAGGGAGAAGAAGAGACGUAUGUGACUGAUAUAAAGGCAGAAGAUAUAGAGGGAGAAGAAGAGACGUAUGUGACUGAUAUAAAGGCAGAAGAUAUAGAGGGAGAAGAAGAGACGCAUGUGACUGAUAUAAAGACAGAAGAUACAGAGGGAGAAGAAGAGACGUAUGUGACUGAUAUAAAGGCAGAAGAUAUAGAGGGAGAAGAAGAGACGUAUGUGACUGAUAUAAAGGCAGAAGAUACAGAGGGAGAAGAAGAGACGUAUGUGACUGAUAUAAAGGCAGAAGAUAUAGAGGGAGAAGAAGAGACGUAUGUGACUGAUAUAAAGGCAGAAGAUACAGAUGGAGAAGAAGAGACGUAUGUGACUGAUAUAAAGGUAGAAGAUAUAGAGGAAGAAGAAGAGACGUAUGUGACUGAUAAAAAGGCAGAAGAUAUAGAGGGAGAAGAAGAGACGUAUGUGACUGAUAUAAUGGCAGAAGAUACAGAGGGAGAAGAAGAGACGUAUGUGACUGAUAUAAAGGCAGAAGAUACAGAGGGAGAAAAAGAGACAUAUGUGACUGAUAUAAAGGCAGAAGAUACAGAGGGAGAAGAAGAGACGUGUGUGAGGGGUUUUCAGCAGUGUAAGGAGGAGGAGAUCCCUACAGAUAUCAGCACAGCAGAUGGACACACAAGCAGGAAUAUCUCAGAAGGACAUCUCAUGUUAUCCCCGGAUUGUGACAUAAAAGAUAAUGACAGUAGACAGGAUUCUCCGGGAGAUAAUCCCAUUACCCCAAUUAUACAUCCAGCUCUAUCAGCUGGUCCCUCUGAUCCUGGGGAAUGUUCUCCUGAUCACUCUGAUAUUUGUGCAUCUGUUCCAGCUCUGAGAGUAGAUACAGUGUUUCCCUGUUCUAUAGAUGCCAAAUGUUUUACACAGAACACAAAGCGUAUUACCCAUCAGCCAGCUAAGGCAGGUGAGAGGCAAUUUCCAUGUUCUGAGUGUGUGAAAUGUUUUGCACGGAAAUCAUUUCUUGUUAUACAUGAGAGAAGUCACACCGGAGAGAAGCUAUUUUCAUGUUCUGAGUGUGGGAAAUGUUUUACAUCCAAAUCAAAUUUUGUCAUACAUCAGAAAACUCACAUAGGUGAGAGUCCAUUUACAUGUUCUGAGUGUGGGAAAUGUUUUACACGGAAAUUACAUCUUGUUCAACAUGAGAGAAGUCACACUGGAGAGAAGCCAUUUUCAUGUUCUGAGUGUGGAAAAUGUUUUGCACUGAAAUCAAAUCUUAUCAGACAUGAGAGAAGUCACACCGGAGAGAAGCCAUUAUCAUGUUCUGAGUGUGGGAAAUGUUUUGCACUGAAAUCAACUCUUAUUAGACAUGAGAGAAGUCACACCGGAGAGAAGCCAUUUACAUGUUCUGAGUGUGGGAAAUGUUUUACACGGAAAUCAUUUCUUGUUAUACAUGAGAGAAGUCACACCGGAGAGAAGCCAUUUUCUUGUUCUGAGUGUGGAAAAGGUUUUUCACACAAGUCAUAUCUUGUUAUACAUGAGAGAAGUCACACUGGAGUGAAGCCAUUUACAUGUUCUGAGUGUGGGAAAUGUUUUUCACUGAAAUCGAAUCUUGUUCAACAUGAGAGAAGUCACACCGGAGAGAAGCCAUUUUCAUGUUCUGAGUGUGGAAAACGUUUUUCACACAAAUCAUGUCUUGUUACACAUGAGAGAAAUCACACCGGAGAGGGGCCAUUUUCAUGUUCUGAGUGUGGGAAAUGUUUUGCACAGAAAUCAACUCUUGUUAGACAUGAGAGAAGUCACACCGGAGAGAAGCCAUUUCCAUGUUCUGAGUGUGGGAAAUGUUUUUCACUGAAAUCGAAUCUUGUUCAACAUGAGAGAAGUCACACUGGAGAGAAGCCAUUUUCUUGUUCUGAGUGUGGAAAAGGUUUGUCACAAAAAUCAUGUCUUGUUCAACAUGAGAGAAGUCACACUGGAGAGAAGCCAUUUUCUUGUUCUGAGUGUGGAAAACGUUUUUCACACAAAUCAUGUCUUGUUACACAUGAGAGAAAUCACACCGGAGAGGGGCCAUUUUCAUGUUCUGAGUGUGGGAAAUGUUUUGCACAGAAAUCAACUCUUGUUAGACAUGAGAGAAGUCACACCGGAGUGAAGCCAUUUACAUGUUCUGAGUGUGGGAAAUGUUUUUUACUGAAAUCGAAUCUUGUUCAACAUGAGAGAAGUCACACUGGAGAGAAGCCAUUUUCUUGUUCUGAGUGUGGAAAAGGUUUUUCACACAAGUCAUAUCUUGUUCAACAUGAGAGAAGUCACACUGGAGAGAAGGCAUUUUCAUGUUCUGAGUGUGGGAAAUGUUUUCUACGGAAAUCACAUCUUGUUAGACAUGAGAGAAGUCACACAGGUGAGAGGCCAUUUUCAUGUUCUGAGUGUGGGAAAGGGUUUAUACGGAAAUCACAUCUUGUUACACAUGAGAGACGUCACACAGGUGAGAGGCCAUUUUCAUGUUCUGAGUGUGGGAAAGGUUUUAUACAGAAAUCACAUCUUGUUCAACAUGAGAGAACUCACAGAGGUGUGAAGCCAUUUGCAUGCUCUGAGUGAUUAAUAAAUCAGCUCUUGUUGGACACAGUAGACAUCACACAGCUGGGGAACCAUUUUAAUCUUCUGGAGUAUACUCAUCUUCACCAUUUCCCUGCAUUGUUCCUUCAGGUUUUAUCCUAUGUCCUGUGUUUUGUUUUUUUUACAAUAUACAUGCUGCUACUGGGUGAAAUAAUAAGACGUCAUGUCCUCCUUUACCUCUACUAUGCAGAUAACCUGUCUUUGCUCCAGGUACUGAAAACAAUACGAAUACUAAAUGUCUAGCUGAGCUCCAGGUGUGGGUGAUGCCAGUUGGCUGUGACUCAGUCCUAGCGAAACAGGUCCAUAUGCUAAUACACGCCGACUCGCCUGUCUUCUGAUUACUUCCUCCCACUCCUAUCCAAGAUUUUUCACGUGCUGCUCCCUUUCUCUGGAAUUCCCUACCUCUCCCCCUCAGACUGUUACCAGCAGUACCAAGAAUCUGCCGUAUUUCAUUUGUGGUUGAUCUGUUAGCUAUGCAGCCCUGACCAUGGAACCUGCUGCCUCGCACAGUCCAAGAGACCUCCACCCUGGAGACCACAAACAGACUGAUGACUGUUACUCACAUGUUUCAUUAAUGUUCCUUCACUUCCUAAAUAUACAUCCCACAUGCUGAGGUCUUUA